UAUAAGUUUUCUUGAUUCUCUUGCAUUUCGGUUUGAAAUUCACGUGAGGACAACGUUAGACAAAAAACCCUUUUUGUUUUCCGUGGUUUUCAUACUUUGACAUUAUCAAUUCAUAAUUGUUCAUUCCUAAUUUCGUGUCCUUGAUGAGAUUAAAUUAUAGCCUUGUAUGGUAGCAUUUAGACAGCUAGAUUCAAGUCUUAUUCCUGAAGCCUUCUGGAAUACAACUCAGAAUUUUAUGCCAUAGGCUCGAAUUUUGACAUUGCCCUAUUGGUGCCUCUCCAUUAUUCUGAUCUGAUCUUCUUUCCUUCUCUGAUAAAAAUCUCAACAGAAUCUAGCUUGAGCUUUUGCUAUCCCGAACAAGCUUGUAAAUGAACAAGAACAAGGUUGAUUUCCCGGGGCGAGUUCAAGUUCAGCAGAGCCACGGACUAAACGGGGAUUCUAAUCCCGAGUUUGGUAAUAGUUAUUGUCAAUUCAUGGAUAUCAGUCAGGCCUGGAAUAUAGGAAGUUGCAGCCAAACACUUGCCGUCGCGGGAGAAGGAGCCCAACAACCACCGAACCAAGGCCCUGCAGAAUCCUCCUCCACCAUCAUGAGCCGUUUUGAAUCUCCAGCUUCUGCUUUUUACGCCGCAGAACGAUGCAUGGGGUUUCAGCAAUAUGAUUCCCAACUUGCAAUGGUGAAACCUCCAUUGAGUAGUAAUCAAUACUGCAGAUCGCCUGAAAAAUCCAGUAAAAUUUCCUAUGGGAAUUUGACUCCCACCAAGUUUCUUCCUAUUCAACAACACAGCUUGUUUGUUAACGACGCUGCCUCAGUUAAGAGGAACUCACCUUAUAAGGGAAAUCAGGAUCAUACGGUUGGUCUUGGCUUAUAUAAUUUACGUGUUGAUCAGAUGAGUUUAUCAUCUCAGCAAGAGAAGCUGUCUCCAUCACUCACAUCAGAAGGGAGUGUGUCAGCUGUUUCUGGGAACCAGGGAUCUAAUGGGACAGUAGUCUCAAGCAAAACACGUAUAAGAUGGAAUCAGGAUCUUCAUGAGAAGUUUGUUGAGUGUGUGAAUCGCCUUGGAGGUGCUGAAAAGGCGACCCCAAAAGCCAUAUUAAAGCUGAUGGACUCCGAUGGAUUGACCAUCUUCCAUGUGAAGAGUCAUUUGCAGAAAUAUAGAAUUGCAAAAUACAUGCCAGACCCAGCUCAAGGAAAGUCUGAUAACGGACCCAAUGUAGAAGAUGUGCAUCAUCUUGACACCAAAACUGGGUUACAGUUAAGAGAGGCGCUUCAGCUGCAGUUAGAUGUUCAGAGGCGUCUUCAUGAGCAGUUAGAGAUUCAGAGAAAAUUGCAGUUGAGAAUUGAGGAACAGGGGAGGCAGCUGAAGAUGAUGUUUGAUCAACAGCAAAUAACAAGUGAUAGCCUCUUGAAUACUCAGAAUAUGAGUAGCACAGCCAAUGAUAAUACCGAUACAUCAAAUAAUCAUAAAGAUGUUGAAUUAUCAACUUCUGAAGGGUCUGGGAAUUCUUUCUUCCCUUCCAAGAUAAGUUAGCUCUCUAUGGACAAGGAGUUCCAGUUUUCCGACAAAGCUUGCUCAUGGUAAGCAGCAGAACAGACAAUCCAUACAACGUGAUUUUGUUAUGGGAAAGAUUAGUACAAGAGAUCGGUGUGCUUCCAAACUAUACCCUUUUGAAAGGUUCGUUAGACCUCGUCAAUUGAUGUUUUCGGAGUUUUCCUAUAAAUUUUUACAAACACUUGCAAGGCAUGAAGAGAAGUUUGAUCAGUUGUGUGGGGAGGCGAGGGUCUCGGGUUUCAACAAAUUAGGGCUUAAUUCCAAAUUUCAAACAGAAAUUAAACACCAAUACAUGAUCCUAGCAGUAUUCUGUUUUCUGGA